GGCACGGCAUAGACAUCGCCACGUCACAUACCGCUCGUAAAUCCAAAAUAGUUUUCCGAGCGCACAAAAAUUUACAGAAAUUAUUUAAAAAUCCAUUUAGACGAUUAGUCCAGGUCGCCAACUUGUAAAUCGCUUCGAGUGCUUGGCGGCAUGUUUAAAGUGUCGCAGGAGAUUCGCUUGAAUACGAGCGCCGCGGGCGCACUGGGGCAGGGGCAGGGGCUGGGCGAUGCCAGCGACGGCAGCAGUCCGGAGAGCGUUUGUGUUUUUGGGCGAUACCAGCGCACGCCCGAUGCGGAUGCGUAUCCCACAGAGCCGCCGCGGGUCUACAUAGCGCCCGAGCUGACCGAUGCGAGCAAGGUGCAGCUGCUGCAUUUGCCCAGCGGCGCGGUGCGCAUCAAUUCCACGGUGAGCUUCAUCAUCAAGCGCAAUGGGGUGAAGGGCAAUUUUGAUGUGCGUCUCGAGAGUCCCAGUGGGCAGCAUGGAGCGCCAUUGCAGCUGACCCAAUUGGACCCGGAACGCUUUCAGGUGCAAUGUCAGCUGCCGCAGGCGGGUCUCUAUAAGGUGCACAUCAAAUGCAAUUCCGUGCCGUUGCCCAAGUCGCCCUACAUUAUAGUCACCAUAGCAGGCGUGCCUCCAACUGAGGAUGGCACUGAUCCAGCCACAUGCAGUCCGUCAACAGUGCCCGUUUUCGAGUCGGAUGCCAGCAAGGUCCAUAGUCGUGGCCUGGGGCUAACCCAUGUCAAUCUUCUCGAGCGGAACGAGUUCACUGUGGAUGGCAGCGCUGCCGGCAGUAAUAUGCUCUUUGUGGGCAUACUGGGAGCCCAAGGACCUUGCGAUGAGGUGCUGGUUAAGCACUUGGGUCGCCACGUUUACCGUGUCAUGUACCAGGUUCGAGAGCCGGGCGAGUACAUUCUGGUGGCCAAGUGGGGUGAGCAACACAUUCCAGGAUCACCUUUUAGCCUCACCGCCGACUAGUCGUCGGUUUGGAGCCCAGAACUACAAAUUUUUAAGUCAAAGCAAUUUCGUAAAAAAAAGGCGGGGGCAGCCCCAUGUUUAUUUAUAAAAUUCUUUCGGUUCGAGAAACUUGGUAUAUUUUCUAAAUAAAAAAAAUGUAUGUAUAUCAAGGUUAAAUCGGCGCUUAGUUUAUAUUAAAAGAAGUAGAGCCUGACUUUAGAGACAGUCUUAUUAAAAGUUUUGUAGAAGAUAUACUUUUCCCCAAUUAA